CCAAAUAAAGCGGGAGCCACAGUCUGAGGCUGCCUGUUACCGGGUCCGUCGCGCCGCUGGCUUCCCUGUUCUUGCGACCGGGCGACUCUAGUGGGCGGGUGGCAAUGUCGCCAUGGGAGCUGGCAGAAGUUACAAGCAGCUCUCUGCCUUUGCUUUGCUAUCCGGAAAUGCCGCCCCUUCCGGGGCGGGCCAAAGGAGGCCGCUUCCGGGAGCCGUCCGGGUGCCCGGGCCGUUGCCACGACGACGGAGCUCCGGGGUUUGCCUCGCGGCGGCGGACUCAUGGAGACAGGGGCGCGGCCGCUCCUGCUGCUCCUGUUCUGGAUGCUGGCAGCUCCAGCUCGGCCCGGCUUGGAGGGCGACGGAGGGUGGUGAGCGGCGCCGGGUGGCUGGAGCGGGGCCGCGCUUCCGGGCGGCCCGAAACGCUGACAGACUAUACCUGCAGGCAGCGGCGCGGGCCCGCUAUGCCUUCUCCAGACCCGUCAUCCUGCAGGGGCUCACGGACAACUCGAGGUUCCGGGCUCUGUGCUCCCGCGAAAGGCUGCUGGCCUCGUUUGGGGACAACGUAGUACGGCUGAGUACUGCUAACACCUACUCCUACCAGAAAGUGGACAUUCCCUUCCAGGAGUACGUGGAACAGCUGCUGCACCCCCAGGACCCCACCUCCCUGGGCAAUGACACCCUGUAUUUCUUUGGAGACAACAACUUCACUGAAUGGGCAUCACUUUUUCGGCACUACUCCCCACCCACAUUUGGUCUGCUGGGUACCACUCCUGCGUACAGCUUUGGGAUUGCAGGAGCUGGCACUGGGGUGCCCUUCCACUGGCACGGGCCUGGGUUCUCAGAGGUGAUCUACGGCCGCAAGCGCUGGUUCCUGUAUCCCCCUGAGAAGACACCCAAGUUUCAUCCCAACAAGACCACACUGUCCUGGCUCCGGGACAUGUACCCAGCCCUGACGCCAUCUGCACAGCCCCUGGAGUGCACUAUCCAGCCUGGUGAGGUGCUAUAUUUCCCUGACCGAUGGUGGCAUGCCACACUCAACCUCGACACCAGUGUUUUCAUCUCUACUUUCCUCAGCUAGCCAGAGCAGGCAGCUGGCA